AUCUGCCCAUCUAGACACAGUGAUACUAAACAAAUUUGCGUCAGAACCGUGCGCGCUCUCCACACGAACGAACCUCUUGCACAAAACGAUCUAGACUUUUUGCGCUAAAUUGUCUUCUUCAGCUUUUUUUUGUUAUUGAAAAAUACAAAAAGAAAUAAAUAUUUUUCAAAUCCCUUUUAAAACGUAAAACUGCUGAAUUAAAAUAAAAAUUCUACAAAUCCUCAAUUUAAAUUAAAAGACCUUGUCAAAUGUUGGUUACAAAAAGAUGCUUUUAUUGCUGGACAAUACAACAUUGAAUAAUAUUAAGGAAUCAACAGUUUAAACUAGAGGAAACGGAAAUAAAAAUCACAAAAUUAAUUACAAUUUAAUUUAAGAAAAUUGUUUUAAGUAUUACUUGGAACCACCUGGAUAAAUAAAUAUUAGCCCACCCCCCGCAUCGUCCAUUACAUUUUUAGUUACAUAUACAGAAAUUCACACACACAUACAGAAUGGCUAAGGAUUUUUAUAAAACAUUGGGUAUACCGAAAACUGCCACCGAUGAAGAAAUCAAAAAGGCCUAUAGAAAACUGGCGUUACGUUAUCAUCCCGAUAAGAAUAAAGCCGCCAAUGCUGAAGAGAAAUUCAAAGAGGUCGCUGAGGCUUACGAAGUGUUAUCGGAUAAAAAUAAAAGGGAAUUAUAUGAUAAAUAUGGCGAAGAUGGUUUGAAAAAUGGAGGCAGAAGUAACGGCACAGGUUCAAACAAUACAUUUACAUAUCAGUUCCACGGUGAUCCCCGGGCCACUUUCGCACAGUUCUUCGGUUCUAGCAAUCCAUUCGCUUCAUUCUUCGAUGAUAAUCUCUUCGAUAAGAAUGUAUUCGAUUUGGAUACGGAACAUGAUUUCUUUUCAUCUCCUUUCGGUGGUUUGGGUUCACGUCACGGUCUCGGUGGUGCGUUCAGGCCCUCAUUUAGAUCACAUUCAUUCAACGUACACACACCCUUCAAAAAGGAGAAACAACAGGAUCCACCGGUGGAACAUGAUCUGUACGUGACAUUGGAGGAAAUCUAUCAUGGCUGUGUUAAAAAAAUGAAAAUCUCAAGGCGUGUCCAACAGCCAGAUGGUACGUCAAAGAAGGAGGAUAAAUACGUGAGCAUAUCGAUAAAGCCAGGCUGGAAAUCGGGCACAAAAGUGACCUUCCAGAAGGAGGGCGAUCAAUCGCCUGGCAAAAUACCAGCCGAUAUUGUGUUCAUCAUAAGAGAUAAACCACAUGCCAUGUUUAAACGUGAGGGAAGCGAUUUAAGAUAUACAGCCCGCCUUACAUUAAAACAGGCCUUAUGUGGUGUGGUGUUUCAAGUUCCUACCAUGUCCGGCGAUAAAUUGCGCAUCAGUACUAUGCAAGAGAUCAUCAAACCGAAUACGGUGAAACGUAUACAAGGCUAUGGUUUACCUUUUCCUAAGGAUACCUCACGCAAAGGUGAUCUAUUGGUAGCUUUCGAUAUACAAUUUCCCGAGAAAUUAACAGCCGCUCAAAAGGAACUACUCAGGGACAUGUUAUGAUGUGUUUCCUCUUUUUAGACAAAAACCACAACAACAACAUCUACAACCAUAAACACAAAAACCUUAAUAAAUUCAAUUAAAUAUUUGGCCUAAAACUAAAUUUAUUUUAAAUUCUAAAAUUUAAUUUUCUAAAAUUUUGUUAAAUUAAAACAAACUCUAUAAGCACAAAUAAUUUGUCAUUAUUUUUCUUUUUUAAUAAUAAUUUUAAAGAAAUUUUAUAUAAUUUUUUGUUAAAAAUUAUAUAAAAAUAAUAAAAUUUCUUGCGGUUUUUACCCCUUAAGUUUGCCUCAAAUUUAUUAUUAUUAUUAUUUGUCUAAACAAAAUGCUCACUAACAAAAUGUCCUUAAUUUUUAAAAUAAAUAUUUCUGUUUUUUUGUAAAUUUAUUAUUGACUCUCUAAAUAAAUAAAUAGUUUUUUAUUAAAAAUAAAAAUGUCUGUUACAAAAUGUCAUCCUUAUUGUUUGGUUACUUAAAAACAAAAAUCCAUUUUUGUUGAAAAAUUUAUUAAACUUGUGUCUUCUUUUUAUCUACCACAAAUUGUACUACUAAUUUAUUAUUUAAAUUUAUAAGUUUAAACCAUCUAUUGAAAAACAACCAACAAAAUAAAUAAUAAAACCUUAAUGAUCUGUUUUUUUGGUCUUAAAAAAAACUUUAAUAAAACACAAAUAUUGAAGUUUCUUUAUUUUCAUAAAUUUUGUUUUAAAUUCUUAUAUCGGUGUAAAUUUAUUUAAAUAAUUGCUUGUACAGAAGAUUUAUUUCUCUUAAUUUUACUUUUCUACCAAUUAAAAAGUUUAAUAAUAAAUAUAAUUAUUGGAAAUUAAACAAAAAAUGAAGAC